AUGCCAAGACGAGGUCGCUCAGCAAGCCCACCGCCUGCUCCACGCAGAGCUGCGGCACCACCAAGUAAUGUACCAGCUCAUGCACCCCCUACAAGUGUAGGCCCUGCUCAAGCUCAACCCCAACAACCAUCAUUAUUUGGCCAGAUGGCUGCUACUGCUGGUGGAGUGGCCGUAGGAUCUGCAGUGGGUCACAUGGCAGGCAGUGCUCUUACUGGCAUGUUUGGUGGUGGUAGCAGCAGUGAGCCAGCACCACAGCAGCAGGCUCCACCUGCUCAGUCCAAUUCUUACCAACAACCUGGAGGUCAGCAACCUCAAGGACCGUGCGCAUGGGAGAUUAAACAGUUUAUUGAAAGCAACCGCUAUUCACGCGCGCAACAACAUGCCCCAGCUCAACCGCCCACUGUUGUAGUAACCCCCGUUCCUCGGCGUUCAAUAUUUCGUGAUGCAGCUGCCGUUGCGGGAGGUGUAACUGUCGGCACUGCAGUGGGUCACGUGGCGGGGGAAGCUAUAACAAGUUUAUUUACUGGGCCACGGCGACAUGAAGUCGUUAGUGCGUUGCCACAGAGUUAUCAACCAGGUACGGAACCAAGCGGACCGUGCGCUUACGAGAUCUCCCAGUUCCUGCAGUGCGCCGCCACUCGGGAGGAUCUGCAGGAAUGCGCAGGUUUCAACGAAGUGCUUCAAGAAUGCAAAAGGCGAAACCGUCUGUCA